AUGGGCUACAGUUCGCCAAUACUGAUUUCAAAUCCUUCUUGGAGCUACGUGGAAUCCAUCUCAUUCUCACACCACCCUAUCACGCCAACGGACAAGUUCAACGGACAAGCUGAAAACUUCGUAAGGUCCCUGAAGCAAGCCUUACGUCGUGCUCAAGCUGGGAAGGAGGAGGACCCUGUUGGAACGUUUCUCGCGAAAUACAGAGCUACCCCCCUUGUGUCGACCGGCAAGUCACCCUGCGAGCUGCUAAACAAGAGACUCUUCAGGAUGACUCUAGACCUGGUCCGACCAUUCCGGCGCCAAAGUGGCGACGUCGUCAUGCCACUCACACAGAACAAGUCUACCAGGAAUUUCCAAGCCAUGGAAAAGGUCUCGGUAAAGGGUCCGACCCAAAAACAUCACUGGAUCAUGGGCGUCGUCUUGGAACGCAUAGGCAAUGGUAUAUACGAGGUGGACGUGGAAGGUAAGAAGCGCCGUCGUGUUCACGCCGAUCACUUGAAGAGAAGAAUCUAUUCGGACGAUGUGCCAAAUGCUGAUGUCGAGAGCUUCAACCCGUUCUCCAACUGGUCGACUAGAUCUCCCAGUGGGUCUUGCCUUCAGCUUUCGGCGCCACUGUGA